AGACUUGAGUUUUCCCUCCUUAGUUGAGCCUUUUUGAAUAUCAUGGUUUAAAAUGACCAGUGAUGACAUAGGAGCAGAAUUAGACCAUUUGGCCCAUCAACUGUGCUUUGAAAUUCCAUCAUGGCUGAUUUAUUAUCCUACUCAACCCCAUUCUUGUGUCUUGCUGUAACCUUGGACACUCUUACUAAUCAAGAACCUAUCAAUCUCAUUUUUAAAUAUACCCAAUAACUGGGCCUCCACAGCUGAUUGUAGCAAUGAAUUUCACGGAUUCACCAUCUUCUGGAAAAGAAACUGCCCCCUGAUCUCUGUUCAAAAUGGCAUCUUGUGUUCUGAGGCUACAGGCACCAGUCCAAGACUUCCCACUUCUGGAAGCUUCCUUUCCAGAUCCACUCUAUUGAUCAUACAAUCCCAGUUACAGUAAGGAAACAUUUUAAAUUACUGCACUGUGUUGAACAUUAGACCCAAAUAAUCCCAAACCUCACUUGAGGAAAUGAAUGAAGUUAGAUCAAAAUAUGUACUUAAAUUUGACAAAGCCCGAGUGCCAGAUUUCCCAUGAACUGCUGGAACUGAGCUAAUGGAUGUUGAUUUCAGAAGUAAAAUAAUUAAACGGAAGUUGGUCUGGUUCUUCAACUACCAUCUAUAGUUUUACAGCUCUUGGACUUGACUACAGUUAAAAUGACUUCAAUAACUCAGUUAUUGGUAGGUCACCGGCUGAAGGUCAUUAAUGCUGGAUUAACACGAUUACAUGUCUUUGCAACAAAUUCUAGGCAUACUAAGAACAGCAAAUACCCCAGACUGGCAGAAAAGUAACAUAUCAGCUUGCAUCUUCUGGAUGAUGUUUAGAGCUACUGUAAAAGGUAGCAAAACUUAGUAUGUAUUGUUUUGGGCAAAAUGUGUAUUUUAAAUUCUGAAAAGAUUCUGCACCAUUGUGAUUCUGCCCAUGAUAUCUGCGUUGAAAAUUUGGGUGUGAAUCCUAGAGUUCUUGACAUUUUGGCACCAAAUGCAGAGUAUUGAUGAGAUCUAUUGCCAUUAGAAUUAAAUAUUUACUAUUUAAUUUAGCUGUGUGUUUACAUUUGUGUGCAUUUAAUUUGAAGGGCAUAACUGAUCCAAUUAACAAAUGACUGUUUCUGAUUGUAUAAUAUACCAAAGGUAUCACAAGAAUCUAAAUCAAGAGACUGUCAAAUUCUUUUUGAACGUUUUAAAAAGAAUAAAAAACUGGCUUUUAUGUGCACAUUGCCUGGUCAAAGUACUUUAAUCUCAAAGUGGGUAAAUAAUCAUUAUCAGUUGUGGAAUUUCUUUAUCUCAGUGAAACAUUUUUAAAAAGUAUUAUGGAGCUGGGUGACUAUCUGAGAAGUGUCAGUCCUGAUGAAGGGUUUUGGCCCAAAUGUCAGCUGUUUAGUUCCCUCUGCAGAUGCUGUUUGACCUGCUGAGUUCCUCCAGCAUUUUGUGCAUUGCUACUGAAGUGUCUUGACCUUCAUAUAGAUUAGAGUAAGGCAAUACAAACGUGAUUUUUUAAAAAGAACCAAUUCUUGAUCACUGAAUCCCAGUUACUGUAGGGAAACAUUUAAAAUAAUCCCAGGAAGCUGCUGUUUCUGUUUAAUUAUAUUUUGAACAGGGAGAUGAAAGGGGACGUUGAUUAAUAAUGACCUGCAGUCUCAUUGUAAAUGGUUUUCUGUAUUCCAUGGAUUGAAUCAUUGUAAUGCCAUGGCAGAUAAUCACAUGACCAAUUUUUCAGAAACAAAAACAAUUUCAAAGUGUUAAAUGAAAGAUUGGGACUUUACAUGAGUGUUUAUUGUUUGAAAUACCGUACUUUAAAUCCACGCAAGUGCCUUUGGCCCUCUGCUUAACAGUAUUAUCCACAUCUGGUAUUUCAGUGUCACUGUAAAUAUAAAACUUGAGUUGCUGUAGUGAGAUCUGCGUUCAGUUUCCUAAAAGAGUAUGAUCACAGCUGCAAUCAUUUAAUCUUUCAUAUUAAUAGUUGUGUGUGUGUGGAGCGGGGGGGGGGGGGGGGGUGGAUUUUAACGUUAAGCUAACUCAUUCAUGGCUCAAAAGUUAUGUCAUUACUGGAAAAUGUACCAACAAUUAAGAGGAUUUUAUUAAAAGUUUUGAAUUAUAAGGACAGGCUGGGAUGUUUUCCUCUGAGGGGUAACUUUAUGGAGGUUUAUAAAAUUCAUGGGGGACAUAGUAAAUGUAAACAACCUAGGGUUCCUUAUUGCUGUCUUGUGACGCGGUCGAUCAUGGUCUUUCCAUGUCAUUAUGAUUGUUCUUGACAAUUUUUUCUAUAAAGGGUGAUCUGCAGGCUAGCGGAGAGAAAGAGUGCCUUAAACCUUUGGUGGAGACGCAUCUCCACUCUGCCAACCACUAGGAUCGGGGAGUCUAAAACAAGAGUACAUGAUUUAAAGCGAGAGGGGGAAGAUUUAAAAAGCACCUUGAGUGCCAACUUUCUACAUGGCAGCUGUGUCCGUACGGAAUAAGCAGCUGGAGGACUGGUUCAAGAAUUUGAACACAGGCAUUGCCUAUCGGUUUAUUGGUGUAGGUUAGUGAGGACUGAAAGUGGGUAACAACUUUGGAAAUUAAGGUAACGGCUAUAUAGAACCUUAAAAUUGAGAUCUGUAAAGAUCGAGACUGCAUUUAAUUACUAGGCAUUUAACAAAUCAACUCACGACUUCACCUUAGCAAAGUGCGAUUUUGGCUAUAUCGCCCGAGGUGGGAACAAGGGCAAUGACUUCCUCAUUACUAAUGGAAGAUUAUUUCCGUAAUGUUCAGCAUGUCUGGAAAUUCCUGUUGUACUGGCCUCCAGCGAUGUAGUUGGACUGUCGGCAUUCGUAAGUGUGCCGCGUUUGGGCACGUCCCGAAGAAACAGGUGAGUGACGGCAGCAAGUACCUGCUUCCUAUUGGCCAGACGGGUGGGUCGGGGAACCUUGUCUUAAAUUGACUGGGACACGGGCCAAUCCAUGUUUAACACGUCAGCACUCGUCCAAUCGGCAAGCGGCGGGAAGGCGGGGCGAGAGGCGGGAGGGCGGAUGCCGGGCCUGCUAGGGGUCGGGCCCUCCGAGCGAUGCUGUUGUGGUAUUGUUGAUCCGAUAAUGCAAUGGCGCUCGAUAGUGCUGGGCCUCCUGCUGUUGAGGCUGGGUCUCCACCUCACGCUUUGGUUCCUCUUCGGCUUCGGGCCCAGCCUGGGAUUCUACCAGACUUUCGUGCCCUUUCGUUUCAGCUUCGGUAUGGUGCGGCAGUCCGAGGGUCAGGCUCAGGCCCAAGCCGCCAAGAAGCCGUCUUGGUUCGACCAGACUUGGGUGCGGGGGCAGACCCCGGGUGGCCUCUCCCUAGCAAGAGGGGACCCGUUGGUGUGUAAAAGACGGUCUCCUUCUGCUUCCCGGCCUGCUGGGCCCGGCUACAAUUUCCUGGAUAGUUUUGGGGAGUACAGCCGCAAGUACAGCGCCUUCCCCGAGCCGCAGCGUCGCCGCAUGAAGGAGGCUGCCCUGCGCAUGUUCUACUUCGGCUACGAGAACUACAUGGAGCACGCCUUCCCACAGGACGAGCUCAAUCCCAUCGACUGCCAGGGCAGGGGUCCUGACCGGGAUAACCCUUCAAACAUAAACAUUAAUGAUGUCCUUGGGAACUAUUCUUUAACACUGAUCGAUGCACUUGAUACCCUGGCGGUUUUGGGCAAUGCUUCAGAAUUCAAAAGAGCAGUGAAGCUUGUGAUUACCACUGUCUCUUUUAAUAAAGAUUCAACUGUUCAAGUCUUUGAAGCAACUAUCAGAAUUUUAGGAAGCCUACUUUCUGCUCACAUGAUUAUAAUGGAUCCUGCUCAGCCAUUUGGAAACAUGGUUCCAGAGGGCUACGAUGAUGAGUUGCUUCACCUAGCUCGUGAUUUGGCUGUAAGAUUGUUGCCAGCAUUUGAAAACACUAAAACUGGCAUUCCUCAUCCAAGGGUGAAUCUAAAGAGGGGCGUGCCUUCUAGUUGUCUGAACGAAACCUGCACUGCUGGAGCUGGUUCUCUGCUUGUGGAGUUUGGAAUCCUUAGCCGCCUCAUUGGGGAUUCUACUUUUGAAUGGGUAGCUCGCCAAGCAGUGAGAGCUCUCUGGAAACUGAGAAGUGAUGAGACGGGACUCCUAGGGAAUGUGGUAAACAUCCAGACUGGACAAUGGGUUGGGAAGCAGAGUGGAUUGGGAGCAGGAAUGGACUCUUUCUAUGAAUAUCUUCUGAAAUCCUACAUACUGUUUGGAGAAAGUGAAGAUCUGGAGAUGUUUAAUGCUGCAUAUGAAAGCAUUCAAAAUCAUCUGAGAAGAGGGCGUGAAGCUUGUAAUGAAGGAGAGGGAGAUCCUCCACUUUAUGUUAACGUGAAUAUGUUGAAUGGGCAAUUAAUGAACACGUGGAUUGAUUCACUGCAAGCCUUUUUCCCUGGUCUUCAGGUGUUAACAGGUGAUGUAGAAGAUGCUAUUUGCCUCCAUGCCUUCUAUUAUGCUAUAUGGAAGCGAUAUGGGGCUCUUCCAGAACGAUAUAAUUGGCAAUUGCAAGCUCCUGAUGUGAUGUUUUACCCACUAAGGCCUGAAUUAGUUGAGUCUACAUACCUACUGUAUCAGGCAACAAAGAAUCCUUUCUACUUGCAUGUGGGAAUGGAUAUCCUUCAAAGUCUGGAGAAGUACACAAAAGUCAGGUGUGGUUAUGCUACACUUCAUCAUGUAAUAGACAAGUCAAAGGAAGACCGAAUGGAGAGCUUCUUUCUCAGUGAGACCUGUAAAUAUUUAUAUUUGUUAUUUGACGAAGACAACCCAUUGCAUAGAUCAGGGAGCAAAUAUCUUUUCACAACAGAAGGACAUAUUUUGCCAGUAGAUAAACUUUUCAGAGAAAAACCCUGGGAAGAUGCCACCACUAAAGAAGAAGGUACAGUGGGCACCUCCAGUCUGCUGGCCCACAGACCUGCUAAUUCCAGCAUCAAUUGCAGCAGAGUCCCCAGUGAGAGAAGAUACGCGUUGCCUUUAAAGGGAGUUUACAUGCAGCAGAUUGACCAGAUGGUUGGACUUCAUUGAAACAACCUCAUCUCGAAUGCACAGAUGUCCAGGGACAGAACCUACAGCUAUGCAACUUUAAUUUUUUUUUGUAUAUAAAUGUGUUAACAUUUAUUUAUUAAAAUUUUUUAAACUUCUCAAAGCUUUUCUAAGACAUGUAAUUUCAUUUAGUGAUAUUACAAAUGCAUCUUGCUUCAAUGCAAGGGAGAAAUGUUUUUGUUAAAAUAAGUGGGGUUUUGAUGCGCAAGUGUCUUCCAUGAAGGCAUAUGUUUAAUCAUUUGUCUAGAUAAAAAUUUAAAUGUAAAAGACUUGUGCUAGAUAUUUGUUUAAAUUCACUUUUGUAACUACCUUGUCUUAAAUGUCCAACAGUGUGAAAUAAGAAAGCUUCAUUGAACAUAAUGAUAUCCAAAUUUAUACUAAUGCAUAUAUUUCAUAUUGGAGUAAGAAUCAACCAAUGCUAUGAAGAACUGAACUGUGAAGGAGCAUUAGUCGGUUUGCCUUGUGUAGUGCUGAGUGUCUAUAGCAAAAGAGUAUAACCAACUCUGGAUUUCGCUAAUGUGCCUUCAAACUAUCAGUGCAUUUAACUGAAGGUAUGUAGUGUCAUGUCUGUCUGGGUAUCAAACAACAUUGAUUUUUGUUAUCUUUCUCUUGUGUUCCAUGUACAUUAAUUAGAUGGUGGUGUUCCUGGCUGAUUUGAGGACUACUUAUAAUGAAAUGUUCCAUAAUCACAUUCAUUAACCACAUCACAAUUUAUUUUUGUGGAUGAUUUUAUGUGUUCUGUAUUCAGAAAGUAAUGAUGCUUUACAUCUUGUUUAAAAAAUAUAAAAGCAGCUGAGAUAUUAUUGCUUGCUACAUGACUGAAAGCAUCCACAACUUGACUUUUUGAAGGUAUUGGGAUAUGUUCCUUACUUUCUGUUCAUUACUUUUACCCACAUUGGUGCAGAUCAGUUUGAGAGCUCUGAAAUUCAGAUGAAUUCAUAGUCUUGUCCACAGUUCCAGAAUGAUUCCUUCUAAAGGCCAACUUAAAAUAGUUGGCUUUCAUUUUGAUAACAUUUGCUAUGAGAAAUUUGGUAGAUCUUUUGACAAAUUAUAAAUGCUGAUUUUUAACUUCACCACAUUCUAUGCUUUCUGCGUCAACAGUGAAUCUGUCAGACACACUAUGACGAACGUUAACCUCUCACAAAUGGACAGUUACUGAAUCAUUAUCCCUAUUUUGUAACUGUUGUUUUGACCUUGGAUGGGGAUGGAAAUGAAAUGCACUUGGCUAUAGCAGUGGAAAAUGUAUUAAUCUUCUCAACAAAGGAUGGACCAUUAGCACUUGUUUACACUAAGCAAACUCCCUUUUGUUUAUUUCCGGAUUUACAAUCUAUUUGAAUAAUUUUCUUAAAAUUACAAUUGUACCACAUUUCUGUGUGUGUGUGUGUGUGUGUGUGCGUGCGUGCGUGCGUGCGUGCACACGCAUAUUUUCCCCCUCUUCCAUUAUUAGAAAAUCAUUGCACACCUUUUGGGUUUAUCCAAACUGGUUGGAGAAGAGAAUGGACAAGGGUACUCAGUGUCUGAAUUGAUGGAUCCAGGAGCUGCAGGUUAAUGCUUUAAGGAGCAUUUGUGUAGUUCAUGAUGAUGUGCCUUAGCAUGGAGGUUGACUUGGGGCAUCCAGAUCGGCCAAAGGGGAAGUGAAGGAAUAAUUAGGGUAAACAUUGAUCAUGUCACAAGACAACAUUUUGUUAUCUCCAGUCUAUGGUUGCAUCUUCUGACUGAUCUUCAUCAGGUAUCUCUUGCUAACAUCGCUUACAUACUGUAUGUAAUGUUCAUUUGUGCAGUCUUGGCAUUUCCAAACACUUGAGUGACUUGUCUUUCAGCAACGUCGUCAGUUGCUUGGCCCUGCCUUCUCUCACUGUUGUGCUCUCUUCUAUACUCACACUCACCCUCCUUCCACUAUGCUUUCAUCCCUUCCUUUUCUUACUGUUGUUCCAACCCGAACAUUAAUCUUUGCUUCUGCUUUCAUGUGUUGUUUUUCUCCCCUUAGUUUGUCCAUCUCAUACCCCUCACCUUCCUUGAAGAUAAAGGAUCUUAUUUCAAUUCAGUCUUUUCUUGCUAAGUCAGAUGAGACUGGAGAUGAAAGAGAGUGAGAUAACGGCCUACCUUGCUUGCUUUCUCCACUAUCAAGUUGCAAACUUUUAUUUUUUGUAAUAUAUUAACAUCAGAGUUAUAAGUUUACCUGUUCCUUCCCUUGGCUUAUUUGGAUGAUCCUCUAGUUUAACUGCUAUUUUAAUUUUAUCAAUCACAUGGUAAAGUUGUGCAAUCAUUGGAAUUCCUCCAGAAUCCUAUACACUUAUUUAUGUGAAAGUAAGAGAGGUCUGAUUAGGACACAAUUACGUAAGAUUUUCCCUUCAGUUAUGUGUGCAAUGAUGAUGCCAAAUGUUGUGGUUGGAUGGCUAGCAUUUUAACAUUUUAGAUGAUUUCCAUUUCUAUGUGACCAAUCUGAGUGCCAUGGUAGAUGGUUCCGAAGCACAUGAGAUCUGCCUCAUUUUUAAGAUAUUGGUAAGAUUACUUGUGGAGCAUUGUUUUCUUACAGAUAAUAGUAUUUACUCAAAAGCAGGAUGUUUAAUGUAAAGGACAAUGCUGAACUAUCGAUGUUUACCAAAAUCAAUGUGCAAUACACUUGUAUAAAAGAAAAUUGUAAAAAUUUUAUUUUCCCAGAAAUGAGUAAUGGUAUUAAAGUGUCAAAGGACCAAAUAGAAGUCAAUAAAGAUUCAAUUCUA